AUGCGCCCCGUCUUGAUUCUAUCUCUCUUCCUCGGCGCCGUCAUGGCCAUCGACCCAGAACUGAACCAGGCGCAGGCCACGCCCUCCGUCAUAAGGGACUCGUAUACAAACGAGAGGGCAAGGGGAAAAAGAGCCAGCCGAAAAAACCAAGCCAAAAGCCAGGUCAACGUCCUGAUCCCCCUCGUUUCCCUGGCGGUGGUCGUAAUUGCGCCUCUGGUAGGCUCACCGGCCCCAUCAUCGUUUUGA